AUGUCCACGAUAGCGAUUGCCGUAAAUGCGGCGAUCUCGGCGGGCGCAUACCUGAUGACGGUGCGCAUGAUCCCCCGCUUGCGUGACAUGUUCAUCAAGGCCAACUUGUUUGGUCGUGAUCUCUGCAAAAAGGACAAGCCGCAAGUACCCGAAUCCUAUGGCGUAAUUAUAGGCUGCGUCUUUCUUAUCUCCAUAUUUCUGUUCAUCCCAAUACCGUUUACAUUCGAUGAAAAUGCCGCCACGGAUGCAGUUACAGGCGGCAAACCAUUAACAUUUCCCCAUGAUAAGUUCGUGGAACUCAUUGCCGCCUUAUUGUCGAUAUGCUGCAUGAUAUUUCUUGGCUUUGCCGACGAUGUGCUUGAUCUACGCUGGCGUCACAAGCUCCUCCUACCCACGAUAGCAACGUUACCGCUUUUGAUGGUAUACUAUGUCAACUACAAUUCCACUACCGUCAUGAUGCCCAACUUUGCUCGUGCUCUGUUUGGUACAUCCGUUAAUAUUGGAAUAUUUUACUAUGUGUUUAUGGGCAGUUUGGCUGUGUUCUGCACCAAUGCCAUCAAUAUACUCGCUGGUAUCAAUGGUCUAGAAGUUGGUCAAUCGCUCAUCAUUGCCGGCUCCGUUUUGCUCUUCAAUUUCAUCGAGCUAUCCCUGGGUCACCAAGUGGAAUCGCAUCAGUUCUCCAUACAUUUUAUGCUGCCAUUUUUGGCCACCUCACUGGCUUUGUGGAAGUUCAAUAGAUAUCCGUCGCAGGUGUUUGUGGGCGACACAUAUUGCUAUUUUGCCGGCAUGACCUUUGCUGUCGUGGGCAUCUUGGGUCACUUUAGCAAGACGCUGUUGCUCUUCUUUCUGCCGCAGAUCUUAAACUUUUUGUACUCAACGCCGCAACUUUUUCACUUUGUGCCCUGUCCAAGGCAUCGGCUACCGAAAUAUGAUCAGAAAUCGGAUUUGCUACAUAUAAGCACUACGGAAUUCCGAUUGGAUGAGCUAAAUAGUCUCGGACGUCUCAUGGUCAAAGUGCUGCGCACAUUACGGCUGGUCAGCUGGCAGGAACACGCAGAUGGCCGGAUUGUGACAAACAACUUAACGCUAAUCAACUUUGUGCUCGUUAUCUUUGGGCCAGUGCACGAGCGUGUGGCGACACAAAUGCUGAUGGGAUUCCAGGUGUUGUCCACAUUGCUGGCGCUUUUCAUACGCUAUCCGUUGGCCAAUUAUUUCUAUGCAACGGAAAGGUAAUCAAAGCAAGCCUUGAAUUGGCUUUCGAUUGUUGAACUCAAUAUAUUACACAGUUCCCCCUGAAAAGUAAUUUAAGUACGAAAUUAUAUUCUCUCCAAAAAUAAACGACGAAAGUAAAUUAUA